GCACUCGAUGAUAGUGAAGCUCACGAGCUACUUAGCAAUCACGCUUUUCCGACACACCAAAAAUUAGAAAUCAGGAUAGAUAUGGUGGAUAGUAUUCUCAAUCAUGCUAGAGGCCUUCCUUUAGCACUUGAGGUGCUGGGUUCCUUCUUAUGUGGUAGAAGAGAAGAUGUAUGGGAAAGUACACUACGGAAACUUUCUAGGUUACCCAACAAAAUCAUUAAUGAUGUGCUCAAAAUAAGUUAUAAUGGACUAGAGGAAAACGCGAAAGAGAUUUUUCUCCACAUUGCCUGCUCCUUUAAGGGAAAGGAUAGUAACUACAUAAAGAAAGUUCUCGACAGUUGUGAUUUUGAGACAGCUGUAGGAUUUGAUAUUGUCAUUGAGAGGUCCUUGAUAAGCAUUGAGAACGGACCACUACAAAUGCAUGACUUGAUUCAAGUAAUGGGUAUAGAUAUUGUGAACCAAGAAUGUCGAUAUGAUCCUAGGAGACGUAGCAGACUAUGGUUGUAUGAUGAUAUUCUUGAUGUUCUAUCAAGCGACAUGGGAGAUUGUGCUGUAAAAGCCAUAGUGUUGGAGCCAUUUGAGCCAAUAGAGAUAUGUAUCGAUCCUGAUGCGUUUACAAAAAUGAGAAGGUUGAGAUUGCUCAUUUUGCGGAAUGUGCAUAAUUCUUUCCAAGGUCCUGUAUGUCUUCCUAAUUGGCUAAGAUGGUUCGAAUGUCCUGGUGCUUCGUGGAUUCCAGAAUUUUCCUCUGGCACAAAGAAAUUAGUGGGACUUAAUAUGAGCGAAGGCAAUAUCACAGGAGUGGUAAAAAAAUUUAAGGACUUCCAAAAUUUGAAGUACAUUACUUUCGGUUACUGCGAGUCGCUAGUUCGUAUGCCUGACCUUUCAUGCACUCCAAAUCUCGAGCAAUUGAAUCUCUCAUAUUGCAAAAACUUGGUAGAAGCCCACGAGUCCAUUGCAUAUCAUGACAAGUUACAAGUGUUGAAUUUAAGUGAGUGCUCUGAACUUAGCGUUUUUGCAAAUGUGCUCAAGUCAAAAAACCUCCAAGCUCUUCAUCUUGCAAAUUGCACAAAAUUUGAAAGGUUCCUUGAUAUUCCAUAUAAACUUGAAGGCCUGAAACAGCUUCAUUUACAAGGGACCGCUAUUAAAGAACUUCCUACAUCAAUAGAAAAUUUUGUCUCUUUGGAGAUUAUGUAUAUAUAUUGUUGCAAGAACCUGGAAAGUCUUCCAUCUAGCAUUUAUAAGUUACAAAACCUGGAAAACUUGCAAGUUAACUCUUGCACAAAUUUAAUCGGGUUUCCAAAGUAUGAGGAUUCAACUGAUCCCUACAUGAACACCGGACUUUCAAAUUUACGUUGGUUGGACCUUUAUGGAUGUAAUUUGUCCGAAGUAAAGUUUCUUGAGAAUCUUUCCUGUUUUCCCUUCUUGGAAACUUUAUUGCUCGGGGGGAAUAAUAUUACUAGCCUUCCUACAUCCAUCAAUAAGCGUGAUCAUUUGCUCCAUUUGAGUGUUAGAGAAAGCCAUCAAUUACAAGAGAUUCUUGAGCUUCCACCAUUUUUGAAUUGUCUUCUGGCGGAUGGUUGCGAAUCUAUGCAAAAUACUGGAGAUUUAACUUCAUUUCAUGAUUUUGUCCGUAGAGGGGUGACCAUGGCUGAUAGUUUCUCACUUGACCUGGUUAGUCUCUCUCUCUCUUGCUCUCUCUCAGAAAAUGCAAGUGGAGGCUUAAGAAAAGCAAACAAAUAUGAAGUGAGAGGAGAGAUGCCAGAGUGGGUCCUUCCUGUUGAAGAGGAUUCCGUAUCUUUCAAGGCUUCAAAGGACUUGUAUGACAAGUUUCUUGGAUUUGCUCUCUAUGUCGCUCUUGGUAAUGAUGAACAGAAAAAGGGAGUCCCUUUUGAGCUUGUACCAUGUGUUAAUGGGGAGUGUUGGAAUUAUUGGGUACCACGUUACAAUACCUUUUUGUCGGAUUCGGAUCAUAUCUGGCUUCAGUAUUUCAUACCAUCUCAGUUGUGGGGAGUGGUCGAUUUUGGUCAAAUUGAUGAGAGUUAUGUACAAUUUAGCCUUACCAUAUCGGGUGGAAUUGUGAAAAAGUGGGGAUUCCGAAUAAUAUGCGUGCAAUUGGAGGACAAUUUAAAGGUUGUGCUCCAAGACAAUCAGCUAAUGGAUCCAGCUUUACUCUACGAGGUUGUUCUUGAAUCAAUAGAUUCAGAAGCCAAGAUUUCGCUUAUGCAUGAAGAUAAUUCCAUCGAAACAGAUCUACAGAAGGACUUACAAGAUUGUCAAGUGUGUGCUGAGGAAAAAAGUCAAAUAGUACCAAAGAGAAAUCAUAAGCUUAUUCUCCCACGAGGCAUGCAAAGCAAGACUAUGUUGACUUCCAAUUCGAUUGGCAUAGAUGAGAAUGGUAGUGUUGGCUUGCAGCUUUUGUUGUUAGAGUGAUCGAAUCUUGCUAAGGAAGCAAUUCGUAGCAUCAUCACUGCUCAUCUUCCAUCCAACACCACCAAGCUUUGACUAUUGUAAGAUCGCCACCUACCAACCGAGGCAACGAACAGAAGUAGUUCUUCCUCAAACAGAGUCCCUAGCAAACCGAUGGUGAUGGAGACCGGCGAUUUGAGACGACACACUACAACUGCUGACCGAAGCCAUGGAAACUGAUGAUGUAGCUUCGGGUGAACGAUUCUCUACAGAGGUUCUGAGCUUCAUGCAAGUUGCCAUAGAUCUGGAACGUGGCCCAUUUGCUUUUCUUAUAGAAGGUAAAGCUUGCGUUGGACAGCCUUGAAGUUCCAGUUUGCUAUGUGAUUGUUGAGGAUGGGAAUGUUAUUGCGGCAAGAAGAAACCGGACUAGUGAGACACAAAAUGGGUAUGUGUAAUAAUACUGCUCCAAAAGGUGGAGGUGGCUAAUCCAAUAAGAAGCCUCUUUUUCCAUGUGGGAUUCUCAGUAACUUUAAGCGAGCAAGACUUGUUAACUUCACGUGGCAUAUGCCUGGAUCAAUCUUAUAUAUACUCUCAAUCAGUUAACUUGAAGGACAAAACAUUUAUCAUGAAAUGCAUUUCUUAAUUAUGUUGAAAAUACACUAAGAGCAACUGUCUCUUUGACAAAGCUCCUAAGUUUCAUAUGCUUGCUUUGUUUUUCUCCUUGGGCUUUUAUGGACAGCAAGACAUGCAGAGAUGGAAGCUCUUGAUGUUCUUCUUAAAUAGUGGCAGAGCACUGGAUUUUUGGCUGCAGAAGUUGCAGAGGAGUUUUUAGCAUGCUCCCUUUAUGUGACAUGUGAACCGUGCAUAAUGUGUGCUGCAGCAUUAUCGAUCAUUGGUACAUCUGUUGAUCAUACUGAAAUAAAACUAAACUUUCCUAAAAUAUGUAUAUUCAUAAAUGAUUAGAUGACUC